UCUGUUGACGCAAACUGUCUCGCUCUCUAUCGCAAAUAACCUCUCUUAAUCACUUAAUUCAAGCUGUACAGUGUCAAUCAUGGCACUUGAAUUCCCUACUAAGAAAUGCGGUGUACUAGGCUGCACAGGCUCCGUCGGCCAGCGCUUCAUCCUCCUCCUUGCACAACACCCACACUUCGUUCUUCAUGCCGUCGGCGCUUCGUCGAGAUCUGCAGGCAAGAAGUACAAGGAUGCCGUGAAGUGGAAGCAGGCAUUCCCUAUGGGCAAGCACGUCGCGGAAUUGGUGGUCAAGGAGUGUAAGGCGAGCGAGUUUAAGGAUUGUGAUAUUGUCUUCAGUGGGUUGGAUGCUGAUGUUGCGGGGGAUAUUGAGAUGGAAUUCCUUAGAGCAGAACUAGCGGUCUUCUCUAACGCAAAGAACUACCGACGCUCCCCUCUUGUCCCCCUUGUCGUACCAACCGUUAACCUCCCUCACUUCGACGUUAUCCCUCACCAGCGGAAACACUACAACCUAAAGAAGGGUUUUCUGGUCUGCAACUCUAACUGUGCUGUCAUCGGCAUAGUAAUCCCGUUUGCUGCGAUCCAAAAAGCGUUCGGACCAGUUGACCAAGUCAGCGUCGUUACUAUGCAGGCUGUAUCUGGCGCGGGGUAUCCUGGGGUCUCUAGCAUGGAUAUCUUGGACAAUGUCGUCCCAUUCAUCUCUGGGGAGGAAGACAAGCUAGAGACAGAAGCACAGAAGAUAUUAGGGAGUGUGAAUGCCGAUGUGACUGGAUUUAGCGACCAAUCGGACCUGAAGAUCUCAGCAGCUUGCAAUAGGGUCGCGGUGCUAGACGGGCAUAUGGCUUGUGUGUCGCUAAGGUUUAAGAAUAGAGAUGGGGCAAGACCGACAGCUGAGCAAGUGAGAAAAGCGAUGAGGGAGUACGUUAGUGAGGCUAGUAAGCUUGGCUGUCCGUCUGCGCCUGAGCCGGCGAUUUUAGUUAUGGAGGAGCUGGAUAGGCCUCAGCCAAGAUUGGAUAGGAAUACAAGCAAUGGGUAUACAGUUAGUGUGGGGAGGGUAAGAGAAGAUGAGAGUGGGAUCUUUGAUUUAAAGUUUGUUGCUCUAAGUCAUAAUACUGUUAUUGGUGCAGCAGGAAGUUCGAUACUAAACGCUGAGGCAGCAGUUCUUAAAGGGUAUAUAUGAGUUAACAGUAUUGAUCCAUAUGAUAGGAGAGAUCAAAAAAACACAUGCUGUAGUAUAAAAGCUAUAGAUUCUAAAAGCAAGAUAUCUUUAACUAAAGCCACAACAUUUGACAGCGCUUAUUGCAAAACCCUAGGCUUAGGUUGAUGCGCC